GUCAACAGGUCAACGUACACUUGUGAUCGAACCACGCUGCUGCGGCUGUACCGUUUCUGGGACCAUGGGUUUCCUUGAGGACAUCGACUGGUGGGUGAAAUUCCGUAGUCCAGCAGACAUUUACAAACACCAUCCCAGCUUCCUCAAGUUAGAGUUCAUGGUCUAUUUCUGUGCCCUGCUUACUUUGAUCCAUGCCUUGAGGAACGGGGGGCGAUUCAAGUGGCUGUGGCUUGGAACCAUGUUACACGGGCUCGUGGUGGAGGCCAUCAGCUACAACCUCCCCGACAUCGACAACUUCUGGCAUGCCCAGGGCACAAUCAUGUUCUUGGGGGGUAGACUUCCCCUCUAUAUUGUAGUCAUAUAUCCAGUGUUUUUGUACACUGCAUCAGUAGCUGUGGCACAUUGGAGGCUGAAGUGGUGGGCAGAACCUUUUGCUGUUGGCCUGACUGUGGUUGUCGUAGACCUUCCAUAUGACAUUUGUGCGGUCAAGCACCUGGCUUGGACAUGGCAUGACACUGACCCCAACAUCUACGACCGUAUGUACUGGGCACCCUGGACCAGCUACUACUUCCACGCAUCCUUUGCCUGUGGAUUCACUUUUGCAUUCCACGGCUUCCACAAACUGUUUGGUGGAAACACCAACAGAUUCCAGAGUAAAGGAUUUUUUAAAGAGGUUCCCAACACCAUGUUUGCUGCUAUGUUGGGUUUCCCCCUGGGGACCCUCCAGUUCCUGCCUAACUACCACAUCCUCCAUGACAACUACAACAUCCACACCGAGGUCUGCUUCCUCAUGUUUGCCGCUGUGUAUGUGAUGAUCAUGUGGAAGGGGGACCGAUCAGCGUGUCUGGAGAGGUCGCAGAGUGCAGAGAAACUGAGGAAAACUAGUUGGUACAGUGAGAUCACACUGCUGGCUGUUGUUUACUACACGUUCUUCAUGUAUCUGGUCGUAACUGGCAAACCUGAGGAGCAGGUCUCCAUUGGUCUACAUGAGGUCAUCGGACCCUGUAACGAGACUGUUGAGAUGACCGCUGCUUCUGGACAGAUCCUCACAAAGAAAAAGUACCUAUGUCUCAAAGAUUAUGACGAAGACUACUUUGACUUUCACUGCAUCAAGGGCAAACCACCUGUGGGGAAAGAGUGGUACACCACAUGUGGCACCCCCUACAGGAACCACAUGGAGUAUAUCGUAGUUGUCGGCUUCUGCUGUCUCUUCGGGCUUCACUGGAUAUUCUCAUUGGUCGGCAGUGGUGGGCUGCCAAGGGCAGUACAAAGUCCCGGCAAAGAAGCUAAGGCUAAACAAAACUAGUCGAGGAUAAGGCAAUUUAUAAUGGAGUAAUAGUGCUAAAGUGUUAUAAAACCAGUGAGAAUGCUGUACAAUAAAACCUUGCUAUAUUGGCCCUUGUUUUUUGCCAUCUCCUUUAGUGCCAUUGCAUUUCAAGGUGUCAUUUAUCUUUUUGAAUAAUUUCAUUGUCCAAGCCUCGUUAUGAUGCCAAAGUCCUUUUAUAAUGUCAAAUUUGACUGGAUAAAUGCUGGCAGUAUAACGAU